AUGACCGGAGAGUACAUUGGUCACGGCAGGGACUCGGCUCCGCUAUUUGGACUGAACGUCCAGAACGGACUGAACGAGUGAAGGUGAAAUUGGAGUGACGAGUGUGGAGCGCAUGCAUUCUUUGCCUUGCGUAUUUCUUGGAUGCUGGAAGCGAGUACAGACUAGGAAUGUUGUUCGUCGCCGUAUGAGUAGACCCCGAAGUUAGUCAAUUCGCUCUGCGGAGCUCUGCUUCAAGUGAGUAGAUCUAUCCGAUUUCCGGCGUUUGAGGAGUCCGCGUCGUCAAUUUGAGAUUUUCGAGCGAAGCAGUGACAAAGAAUUGAGCGUUACGUCAAUUUUGCGGGCAUUUGGGAAGACCGAAGGGCGUGGCCUGUAAAGGAUCAGCUGACAACCAUGGGUGAUGAGGACAUACAAUCUUUCUUGGCUGAGUGUAAAGAGUCGGGUGACAAGGCGUACGGAGCUUUGAAGAGCGUGUUGACGAAAUUGGAUAAUGUGGACUCAAGAGCAGAAGCGAGACGCUUUCUUGACCGAGUGGAGACAUAUGUAAUUACAGAAGAACCCGAUACAGACACUAUUUCAACUUAUCAUUUCCGAAUUCAUGAACUUUCACUUUGUGGACAAAACGGGUACAGCGAAAAUGGACAGAAGAUCAAGUUGCUGGAACUUCCUAGUAUAUUCAUACCUGAAGAUUGGUCGUUUACUUUCUUCGAAGGUCUCAACAGACAUCCAGAAAGCGGUUUUCAAGACCGUGAUGUAGUGGAGUUGGGAUGCGGUAAUGGAUGGAUAUCCCUGGCUCUCGCCCAGAGAUGGUCUCCAAGGAAGAUUUAUGGGUUGGAUAUCAACCCACGCGCUAUCAAGGUCGCUUGGAUCAACCUCUAUCUUAAUGCUCUAAAUGGAGAUGGCUCACCUAUUCUCGAUCAUGAAGGAAAAACUUUGAUCGAUCGGGUUGAGUUUUAUGAAUCAGAUCUACUUGCUUGGUGUAAGGACCGCAACAUUCUGUUGGAUCGCAUCGUCGGCUGCAUACCACAGGUUCUUAACCCCGACCCUGAGGCAAUGCUCAAAAUGGUCUCAGAAAAUGCCAGUGAAGAUUUUCUGUACUCACUGAGCAAUUAUUGUGGACUUCAGGGUUUUGUCGAAGACCAGUUUGGCUUAGGACUUGUUGCAAGGGCGGCAGAGGAAGGUAUCGCUCUUCUUCGACCAAACGGUGCCAUGAUAUUCAAUAUCGGUGGCCGUCCAGGCCAGGCUGUCAGUGAGCGCUUGUUUGAGAGAAGAGGUUUUCAUAUCAAUAAGCUCUGGCAGACUAGAGUUAAUCAGGCAGCAGACACGGACAUUUUGGCCUUGGUGGAGAUUGAGAAGAAUAGUCGUCACCAUUUUGAGUUUUAUAUGGGCCGUGUGUGUGAUGAACCCAUCAGUGCCCGAACAGCAUAUACCUAUGCUAAAGCGGGAGGAAAGAUUGCUCAUGGUUUGUCGGUAUAUGAAUGUCGCCUCAGGCAACCGAAGCAGGUAAAGACGAUUUUCAACUUUUUAAGUGAAGGCUUUGAGAAGACCAGAGGUGCUUUGGACCUAUCUUUCAAAGAGGAGGCUGUAGCUGAUGAGAAGAUUGCAUUUCUUGCCCAUCUUGCACAAACGUUGACAGGGAUGCCUUACUUCCCUUUGGAGCUACCAACAGGCAGCCCAGUGUUUCGGGGACUCAUUUCCAGUUUCUUGCGGAAUUAUCAUCGCGUCCCGUUGACACCAGAAAGCGUAGCUGUACUUCCUUCGAGGUCAAUUGUAAUAGAGAACAUUAUACGUCUCUUUGCACCCAAACUUGCUCUAGUGGAUGCAAAUCUUACACGGUCGCUGCCAAAGAAAUGGAUUACAUCCAUGCCAUCUUUUGAGGACAGCGCAGAAGCCAAUGGGAAUCAUACUGCAGUUGAUGACAGCAUAACUGUCAUUGAAGCGCCACAACGCACGGAUCUUGUGACACAGCUUGUCAAAUUUUUAAAACCUCAAGUUGUAGUGACCACCUUAGCAUCCUUUGAGAUGCAAACGUCAACUGCGUUUGAGCAAUUGCUAGAUAUAACUGAAAAAGUCAGCGCUCGGCUUUUUCUAGAUAUAUCAGAUCAUCUUGAGCUGUCAAGUCUUCCAGGCACGAAUGGGGUUUUGCAGUACAUGGCCUCUCAUUCCUUACCCCUUCAUGCCACAAUCAUUUGUGGUCUUGUGAAGAAUCAGGUUUAUUCAGAUUUGGAGGUUUCAUUCGUCAUAUCUGAGAACCAGGAUCUCUUAAAUGCGUUAGCAAAAACUAGUGAGCUUACGUGCGGCCAAACAGCGUACACCAGCCAAUUUUACUAUGGAGUUCUUUUGCAUGAGUUACUCAAUUUUCAGCUUUCUGAUAGGCACAACCACUUGCAGAGACUUCCCAAGAAAGAGCAGGACGGUUCCAGUUUCAUCGGAUUUGCUGAGAAUGCAAAUAUUGCGAUUGGUGAAACAGAAAUGUCCAGCUGUCAGCCACAAUCUGUCGAGGUUGUGGAUCUGCGGAGGGAAGAAAAUGCUCUGCUGUGUCCUCUAGUUGUGAAAGUGGCCGUUUUUGAAGGCUACGCCCGACAAAACAUUGCGGAAUUUGAGAUGGACCCAAAACCAGAGAUUCUUAAACUUGUUAGAACUCUUUGCGGCAUCUCUUCGAAAGAUCUAGUCCUGAGCAGCAGUUCAGUUGCUCUCUUCACAAAACUUGUCUCGGCCUGUGUUGAAGAAGGUGGCACUCUUUGCAUUCCAAGAGGAUCAAACGGAACAUUUGUUUCUGCAGCGAAGUUACUGAAAGCUAAUAUCAAAGAGCUUGUAACGAAUAUUAGUAACGAUUUCAAGCUGACAGGGAAAAUAGUGGACGAGGUCUUGGAAAAAGUAGAUAAACCCUGGUUGUACAUCUCUGGACCGACCAUUGCCCCUACAGGUCUCGUUUAUUCUCAUGAUGAGAUAAUCUCCAUACUAGGAGCCUGUAAGAAACACGGAGCAAGGGUUAUCAUUGACAGCUCAUAUUCGUGGCUGGAUUAUGAGGAGCCUUGUGUAUGGAAUUUGGAAGAUGUCUUUGGAAAGGAUACCAGUUCCUGUGAUGUGGCUAUCCUCGGAGGAACCUCUCAGCUGCUGCUCACCGGAGGUGUCGAGUGUGCAUUUGCAGCACUUAACGGUCCCUUGUUUAUUGAAGCCUUCAAGGAUUCACCAAACAUGAGCAAGCCACACGGCACAUUGAGGUACUCAGUCAAGAAGCUGUUACAAAUGCUUGAAGAAAAAUCAAGUGAUCUGCUUGACGGUUUUUCUUCGCACAAGAACACUCUAAGACAUAGAGCUGAAUUAUUACAAAAGGUUCUCUUGGAAUGUGGUUGGGAAGUAAUCAUGCCAUCUUCCGGGAUUUCCAUGGUGGCUUCUCCAGCGUCAUAUUAUGGGAAAGACAUAUCGCACGAGGCUUCUGGUGCAGUUGAAAAGAUAAAACUGGACAACAAGAAUUUUACUGAUGUUCUUGUUGAAACGACCGGUCUACAUGUGAGCAGCAGCGCUUGGACUGGAAUACCGGAUUAUGUUCGGUUUGUGAUUUCUGUCAAGGAGGAGGACUUUCAAAAGGCUCUACGAUGUAUAAAAAGCUUUUCGCAAGCUUGUAACUGACCGCCGACAUUGAAGAGGUUUAAAACCUGUACCCGGUGAAGAGAUCUGUUCUGAAAGCUGAAUUGAGGAUUACGUGGAUUUAUGUUCUUUCUUAAGAUCGUCCAAUUUGAAGUACGGAAUGAUGGUAAGGUUGACAAGUAAAGGUAGAAGGUCCAAGACACACGUCUUCUGAUUUUACGUGAACUUCGCGGACUUUCUUUGCCGAAUUACAUGGAUAUAGGGGCUCCUAUUGGUUUGUAGGGCACAUGCUUCGAGUAAAGCUGUAUAAUAUCUACGAUCAUGAACCCAACUGAUCAGUGCUCCAAGGACUGGUGACAAGCUAACAAUCACUCUGAAUUCCAUGUGGAAUUCGACGCCGACUAUUCAGGUAAAUAUAGUUCAAAGUUCAAACAAGCUUAGAGUAAGCUCCUCACUUAUUCUCACUAAUAUAUGGUGCUCAGGCAUGUUGUCCCAAAUUUGAAACAGAAGAAAGCCCGUAUGAGAUUGUGCCAAAAGUCAAGAUUAGUUAUUCACGACUAUGUUCCAAUGCUCAUGUACGUGAGUAUUGGUUCCUGUAAGUAGAGCGGUCCAGCUCAACCCUUUAUGUAAAGAAGUUGAUUCUCAUUAAGAUUGUCUCGCGAAGUUUAUUGAUGUAUU